GUGUCGCGCAGCUUCAAGAAUUGCCAGAGAGGACGGCUUGGCUUCUCACAUCCGGCGACUCAGUGGGGCUUGGUACCCUCGCGGCUCCCUUGGAUGCUGCUGCAGAUGUGGAGCAGGGGACACAGAUCCGUCGUGUUCCCGGCCGCGGGCUCUCCCUCUUCGCGACGAAAGACUUCGACCAGGGAGUGGCUGUGCUCGAGGACCGGCCUUUCUUCCGGCGCCCAAGCUUUGGGCAGCUCAAGAAGUACCAUAAACUGUUCUCGAAGACUUUCCAGAAGCAAUAUGAGAAGAUCAAGGCGCCCUUGAUGCUUCCGGGCAACUCUGGAACGCUUCAGAGCUUUGUCUUCGCCUCCCCUUCUAUGCUGCGCAGCGCUGUGGCAUUUGCAUCCUCGAGCCGUCUCGUCCAGCAGAUGAUCCUGGAGUUGCACCACCCGAGACUCGACCUCGCGCACCCCAUCGUGUCAAUCGCUCGGGAAGUGGCAGCCUUGUGCGCCCGCACUGUGCCAGAAUGUGCGGAGGUCGAAGCGGUGCUCCAGAGAGCGAUCCUAGCCAUCGAGAUGAAUAUUUUCACAGGUGAGAGCUGCUUCCUCACCAUCAGCCGGCUGAACCACAGUUGCUUUCCGAACGUCGUAUUCGUCAGUGGCAAAAGGCAUUUCCGGUCACUGAAGCCAAUUCAGGCCGGGCAAGAGCUUCUUCACAGCUAUCUGGGGCGUGAGCUUCUCCUGCCCAUUGAGCUUCGUCGCCGCCAUCUCUGGCGGUCAAAAUGCUUUCAGUGCGACUGUGAGCGCUGUGCGGCGGAGGAUGAUCCACUUCGCGCAAUUGCCUGCAAACGCUGCGCAGAGCAGGGGCAGCGAUGGGAGGUUCUGCACUCGCCAGGGGUUUGGCUGCGAAGCUCCCCCAGCGUCGACUCUCUUCAGAGAUGCUUUCUGAAGACGGGCACGCGGUUGAAGGCGCUUCCGCAGUCGGAGGAGGGGCCAUCUGGCUGGAUCCUCGUGGAGGCGUGGCCAGAACCGGGCUCUGAAGAUGUCAAGGACACCGGCUGGGUUCUCACCGACGGCCGGAACCUGGCACCUUCGAUCAACCGCAUGCUGUGUGUGCAGAUCUCCGAGGAUGGGCGGCAGGCCAGUGAUGGUUUCGACGGAGCGGCAGUCCCAUGGAGUCCUGGGAGGGCUUUCUGGGACCUGGCGUCUCUCAUGCUGCUGCCCGCAGACGAGCAGAAUCCGGUGUCUCCGGAAGAGGAAGACGAGGAGGAUGCAGUGGCCCGCAAUGCUCUCGACGGGAUGCCGCGAGGGCUGGAGCUUCCCGCGGCAGCCUUCGAAAGCUCAGAUGUGCCGUUGGCCGCUUUCGACGGCAAGAGCUGGAGAUGCCCGAAGUGUGGACGGCCGCCGAAGAACGAGGAGGAGUUACAGUCUGUGGAGCCGCUGCUGGGAAGGCUCGCAGAGAAGACGUUCUUUUCUCCAUCUAUGACUCCGGCACUCGGUUCCGUGCAGGGUGGACUGCGAGGGUCGGGAUCGACCCUAAAGAUGGUGAAGCGCAGCUUUGUGCGCCGUGCACUGGAGCUAGCGGCCACAGUGUCAUUGGUGCUCGGUCCGCAGCACUGGACCGUACACUGGGCUCGGCUGCUGGUGGUCGACCUGUACAUCUCAAAAAUGAGCUACGCCCCGCUGGGUGCCCGGCGGGUUGAAAUGGCUGCUGCACUCUUCUCUGGCCUGGAGGAGCUCUGGGAAUGGCUUGCUUCCCUGUGGCUCGCCCACAACCCCAGCUGCUUCCUAGUUACCCGGAUACUCGAAGCGCUGCGAGUGGCAGGGGCUGGCUCGGCUUUUCUUCUUCCUCCAGAGAUCCAGACCAAAGCAAGGAGGUUACAAAGCCUCGUGGACAACUGCGAGAAGCAGGUUGACAUUCUCCCCCUACGGCCAUUGAUCAUUGAUGGCAGUAUCUCCUUCCAGUGA